UCUUCUCGGGUAGCGCCAGGGAGCCCAGCAGGGUACAGUUUCAGUAAGGAUCGGUCAUAAUGUAAAUAUGAUCCAUUUCCCAUCCAUUAAUCUGAAUUGGAUUUAUUGAUUUCAGUGUGUGUUCAGCCCAUGCUUGCAUGGUGGAGUCUUCAUCAACGCGACCGGAUCACAGCGGCAACCCCCCCCCCCCCCCCUGCCUUUCUCCACUUUCCUGAGAAGGUGAAGCCUUUAGAAUAAUACCGCCGGCCGCUAUGAGACGAAUAACGGGCAAGGCGAAGGAUGAAACUUUGAUCGAGCUGCAGAGCACGACGGAUUCACAGACUGGAGAUGGUCCUGCAGUGUUGACCGCAUUCAGGAUUAACCUGCACUCAGAUGAAAAUGGUGGGAAUAAUGUCAGUUCAUUAUCUGAAGGAGUCACACUGCCUGGACAUGCAGAGACGGAAAAGCUACAACCAAACAAAGACACCGUGUUCUUCAGGGAUGGAGUUCGGAGGAUAGACUUUGUGUUGUCUUACGUAGAUGACAAAGAUGGAGAAAAGAAACAAGAGAGGAGGAGGGAGUUUGAGGCCAACCUUGAGAAACAAGGUCUGGAGCUGGAGACAGAGGACAAAUCAGACUCCAAAGACCAAAAGACAUAUUUCUUGAAGAUCCAUGCUCCAUGGGAUGUACUGACGACCUACGCUGAUGUCUUAAAGAUCAAAGUUCCCUUCAAGUUGAGUGAUAUCCCCCACGGUCAGGAUGUCCCACUGGAGUGGCUCACGCAUCCUUUCCGCCUGCCAGAGCACAUCAUGCGCCCACAACCGGACUACUUUACCUACCCCUUCGACAAGGCCAAGACCAACUUCUUCCUCAUCAGUGACAAGGACACUUUCUUCCCGCCUUCCACAAGAAACAGAAUUGUGUUCUACAUCCUGGCUCGUUGCCCGUACUACAAGGAGGGUCGGAAAGAAAAAGACAAGACGGGAAUCAAGCGACUACUCAGCAAUGGGACGUAUACAGCAGCCUUUCCACUACAUGAUUGUCCAUACUGGAAAAGGGCAAGAAAUGCUGAGUGCGAGAGUGAGCGCUACAACUUGUACAACCACUGGGCCAGGUUUCUCUGCUUUUACAAAGAGCAGCCUCUCAACCUCAUCAGGAAGUACUACGGGGAGAAGAUUGGGAUCUACUUUGCCUGGCUGGGCUUCUACACAGAGAUGCUGUUCUUUGCAGCCGUCAUGGGCGUUAUAUGUUUCACCUAUGGAGUGCUCAGUUAUGAUGACAACAAGUCAAGCAAAGAAAUAUGUGACGCCAACAUUGGAGGCAGUAUUGUGAUGUGCCCACUUUGUGAUAAAAAGUGCCCUUUCUGGAAGCUCAACUCUACAUGUCUCUCAUCCUGGCAAUCCCAUCUGUUUGAUAAUGAGGGAACAGUAUUCUUUGCCAUAUUUAUGGGGAUUUGGGUAACUCUGUUUUUGGAGUUCUGGAAACGACGUCAAGCCCGCCUGGAGUACGAGUGGGACCUGGUGGACUUUGAAGAGGAGCAGCAACAGCUUCAAAUCCGACCCGAGUUUGAGAUCCGAUGCACUAACAAGAGACUCAACAAGAUCACUCAGGAAAUGGAGCCGUAUCUCCCCGUCACAAGCAAGUGUGCUCGCUUCUGCCUCUCGGCUGCCACUGUUAUAUUCUGGAUUUCUCUGAUAGUGGCCUGUAUUAUUGGGGUCAUAGCGUACAGGCUUGCCGUGUAUGCUGCAUUUGCAAGUAUCAUUAAAGACCCUAUGAGGAAGAUCCAGGUGGUGGGCAGGUUCAUCACUCCACAGCUAGCGACUUCUGUCACUGCCUCCUGCAUCAACUUUGUCAUCAUCAUGAUCCUCAACUUCUUUUAUGAGAGGGUGGCUGUUUGGAUCACUGACAUGGAAAUCCCAAAGACCCACCUGGAGUAUGAGAACAGGUUGACCAUGAAGAUGUUCCUCUUCCAGUUUGUCAAUUACUACUCUUCAUGCUUCUACGUGGCCUUCUUUAAAGGCAAGUUUGUCGGUCAUCCUGGCGACUACGCAUAUAUGUUUGGCAAAUCGAGCAAACUGAGGAAUGAGGAGUGUGACCCUGGAGGCUGUCUGAUAGAGCUGACCACACAGCUGGUGAUCGUGAUGUCAGGAAAACAACUGUGGGGGAACAUUCAGGAAGCUCUGCUGCCGUUGAUCCGUAACUGGUGGAGUAGCAGAAAGGGUCGGCACCAUCCUGCGAACCAUUACAGCCGCUGGGAGCAGGACCACGUCCUGCUGAACUUCAGCCAGCUGGGAUUGUUUUAUGAGUAUCUGGAGAUGGUGGUCCAGUUUGGUUUCAUCACUUUGUUUGUGGCCUCUUUCCCCUUGGCUCCGCUACUGGCUCUGUUCAACAACAUCCUGGAGAUCAGGGUGGACUCCUGGAAGUUCACCACCCAGUUCAGACGACCGGUGGCGUCCAAGGCCCGAAACAUUGGAGCGUGGCAGGAAAUCCUCAACGCAGUAGCCAUUUUGUCUGUUGUUACCAACGCUUUCAUAAUGGCCUUCACCUCAGACAUGAUCCCCCGUAUGGUCUUCCUGUAUGCUUACGGUAAAGAUGCCAGCAUGACUGGCUACGUUAACAACAGCCUUUCGAUAUACAACAUCUCUCACAUACCUGAUGACAACAUGCCAGAGGAGCGAGUCAACUGGUUUGAUAACUCGACUGCCACCUGCAGAUACCGUGACUAUCGUUACCCUCCAGGCCACGACAAGGAGUAUACUCACACCAUGCAGUUCUGGCACAUUCUGGCAGCCAAAAUGGCCUUCAUUAUUAUCAUGGAACACGUGGUCUUUGUGGUGAAGUUCUUUGUGGCGUGGAUGAUCCCGGACGUCCCGUCAGUUGUGAAGGCUCGGUUCAAACGAGAGCGCUACCUGAUCCAAGAGUACCUGCAUAACUAUGAGGUGGAGAGUGUCAAAAUCCAGAUGAGUGCCAGUUUCAUCACAGAGCAACAGUCAGAAUUAUCCUCGACGUCAGACAAACAUGAAGUGUUGUCUGAGUGCCUGUAGCUUCCUGCUUCACACCUCUCAACUAACCGAGCCAUAAAUGGACAUGUAUGGGAGUUUUCUCCUCACUGAGAGUUUCCAUAUACUCAGCUUCUGUCUUUACGACAAAAACGCUAUAAUCUUUUCUUGCUGAAUGGACUCCUAUAUUAGGAUCUGCGUAGAGGCAUCAGAAGGAAAUAAAAUGCAACAUUUCACUUUGCUUAAAAUCAGUUUCUUAGAGUGGAUGAAACAUUCCUGUGCCAUAUAAAGAAAGUUUGAAAACAACAGCAAAAGGCAAAAAAGAUUGUAACUGCAGCUUGCAUCAUUCCCAAUGUAAUGCCUUCAAACUCUCCAUUUGUCAUGAAAUAAUUUGUCUCUUGUCAUUUGUUUGUGCUGUCAAAGUCCAAGUUUGUGGUGUUGAAAAUGUGAAUGUGACACAGUGUAAUUACCCUUUAAAGACUUGGAUAUUAUAUCAAUAAUUUAAAUGUCUGCAUGUGAUUCUUCUGAUAAGAAAACAAGAUGAAGGGCUCAACUGUUUAGAAAAGAAGUCAAUGUUAAAAAGUGUUAAUUUUAAAUCACGUUUGUGGUUAAAAAAUAACUCAUAUCAUUUUAGGGGUAUAUUUUAUACAUCACAUAUUCUUUUUUUUUCAUUUAGCUAUGAAGGUAGAUUACAAAUGUUACUUUAAUUGGUAGCUACAUAGUGUUCAUUUCCCCUGAUCUAUAGCUGGGCUAUGAGAUUGUCAGUUUUGAAAACUGCAUUGGAAAACCAAUUACCUCCAUCAUACUGCAGUGAUCCUGUAACAAUCGAAAGUGUGUAUCAUUACACCCUGCAUUAGUAAUAUGGUGAGACAGAAGUUUCAGCCUCAUGUCUCAUCUUCCAAAUGUAUUUCCAACUUGCUGCGGGACCAAUUAUAAGAUUUUUACUAAGAGUAACAAAAUGUUACCCUUCAUUUCAGAGAUGAACAGAAAGGAGAAGAACUUCUUGUUCCCUGGUAGGGUCCAAUGUGAGUGAGGAAUUCAGUGAAAAUAAAUGUAAUUAAUGACUUUUAGUAACCAGUUCAUACUUUCUGGUUACUAAGUGUUGCUGUAGCUAUAAAUAAUAUACAAUCUAUUUAUAUGUGUUGUAAUACAAUUCAUUUAUUGAUCCGCUUCUGCUCUGUAGCCUGAGGAUUUUGAAUUUAGAUUUACUUCAUAAUCCUCUUUUAAAGAUCUAUUUAAUAAAUUUUAUUUGUAUUUGUUUUGUACUCUUUAUCACCUCAUAAAUGACCAUCAAGCCGUGUUGUUCAGACAGUUCUUCAAGAAUAUUUUAUGCUAUGAAUUAUUACUUUGUCAAGGGACCAGAGACAUAAAAACACUUCUGAGAUUAUAUUUCUUUACAGUAGAUUAGUAAUUUAAGAGAUACAGUAUUACUUUUUAAUUUUAACAGGUUUUUCUUUGUUUAUAUUGAAACCUCUUUGUAAAUGUUGCAGUUGUGAUUUCAGCUAUCAGCAAAUUAUAUUUGACACUCAAAAACUAAGCCUGACUAACGUGCAUCUCAGGAUUAAAUAUCUGCUCAAAUUUGUUGAACAUGUUGAUACAAUAUGCAGAUAUCAGAUAUGUGGUGAUCCUCAAUUCUGCAUGAUGUAUUUUCCAACAAACAAAUGCCUUAAACCUCUGUGCUUACUUGUUUUUGUAUGCUUUUGUAAUGAGAAAGUUUUCUAACUUAAUUCAAAACCAUAUAAUUUGUCAUUGCAAAAUAGCUGUUUUCUCUGGCUUGAUGUGCAUGAACUGCUGUACAUAUUCCGUCUUUCUAUUCUAAAUUCACUUUAGCCUAUUGUACAGAAAUGCAGUUAAGCUGUUAAUAUUCACAAUAAAUUGAUAAAUACCUA